AUGGAUGAGUUGGUGGGCAGUGUCGGACGAAGGAAUGUGGAAUUUUCAAGCAAGUCGAAGAAGCUUAACGAAAAGCCUCUUAUAGUGAGCCGUUGGAAGGAAAGAUGGUUACGGUGCAGCAUCGAAAGCUGGUUUCGUUGGCCCAAACCUUUGCGGAAAGCUGAGCGCGAAGAUUGGCUGCAUGAUGGCACGUUUCACGAAGCGGUACGAGGAAUACUUACGCUGGCCCAACUGUUCUCUAUCAUGCCCGUCUGUGGAAUCCAUUCGAAAGAUCCUCGAAAGCUGCACCUGUCGUACACCAGCGUUCGGGCACUCUAUGCGUACUUUUGUGCACUUGGUAUAUCGUUCCUAACAACGAUGUCAGUGUUAUUCUUCGCAAGCAAACGUUAUAACUUCCAGAAGAUGGUGACGGCUUUCUUCUACUGCUACAAUUUGUACGGGAUGUACCGCUUUUGGAAGCUGGCCAAGAGCUGGCCGGGACUAAUGGUGAAGUGGACCCAUGUGGAUGACUCUUUGCCGACACAGAAACGCGAAUUCGAUCGUGCCAUUAUGGCGCAUCGCAUCAAACUCUGUUCGAUCCUCGUGAUGACACUGUCGCUAUCGGAACACUUGCUCUCGAUCGUAGCCGCCGUACACUAUUCAAACAAUUGUCCCGCCGUUCAUGAUCCGUAUGAGGCUUUUUUCAAAUCAAACUUUGCAUUCGUUUACUAUUACUUUCGCUAUUCCGCGUUGCGUGGGUUUCUUACCAAGUUUUUCAAUGUAAUUUGCAAUUUUAUCUGGAGCUAUAUAGAUUUGUUUGUGAUCGUGAUCAGUAUGGGGCUAUCGAAUUCGUUUCGUCGAAUUAACCGCUAUCUGAUGCAGCAUAAACGAGAGAAAAUGACGGAAAAAUUCUGGGGCGAACAACGUGAAAGGUAUCGCAAUGUGUGCGAUCUAGUAACGAUCGUAGACGAUCACGUCUCGGUAAUAACGAUGCUGUCGAUCUCCAACAACCUUUUCUUCAUUUGUGUACAAAUCCUAAACAGUUUAAAUUCUUCAUCUAAUUCCUUACCAUAUCGUUUCAGCUCGCGUCCAACAUUCGUCCACACAGUGUACUUUUGGUUCAAUUUGAUCAUUCUCAUUGGCCGAACACUAGCAGUUGCUAUGUUUGCAGCAGAGGUUAACGAUGAAUCGAAGCGUCCGAUAGAGGUGCUGCGUACGAUACCUCGCGAAGGCUGGUGCCUGGAGGCAAAACGUUUCGCUGAAGAAGUCACUACAGAUACAGUUGCGCUCACCGGGCUCAGGUUCUUUAACAUGACCCGCAAACUAGUGCUGAACGUGACGGGAGCUAUCAUCACCUAUGAGCUGGUGCUGAUCCAGUUCCACAAGGACGAAGCCUCUGACAUUGACUUGUGCACCACUCGCAUGAUGGAUGAUUUCAAAGAAAUCAAGUUUGAAUGCGGCGGAACGCUCAUCUCCGAACAGUACGUGCUUACAUCGGCCAGCUGUAUCGGCAAUCCGUCAUCGUGGGCAAAUUUAACCGUGCACUUUGGUGAAUACGAUCUAACAGAAGAAGAUGAUUGUAUAGACCUAUCAUGUGCUGCUCCUGCGUUCGAUGUGAAGGUGGAGAAGGUGUUGGUACAUGAAAGGUACAAGAACAAUGCCAUCGAUAUGGCACUACUUCGCUUGAGUGAAAAGGUAGAAUUUAACGAAUGGGUUACCCCCAUCUGUUUACCAAAACCAUCUCUCGUCAGCGAAAACGCAAAUCUGUUGACCGCUGGAUUCAAUCACAAUGCAUGCGCGGAAGGCGGAAAACGCUACAAAACAUUAUCCAGCUUCCAGUUGAUGAAUCAGAUGGAAUGUCAUCAAUAUUUGCCACAACCUCGGAACGCGACCCAAAACAUGCUGUGUGCUGUUUCACACGAUGAUGUAUUUGGUGAUGAUGGAGGUAGCUUGACGCGUAGUAAGAUUCAAGGCAACAAAACUGUGUAUGAGCUGAUUGGUGUUCUCAAUUCCAUUUCCAACUGUGCCAACUUUGCCAAGCACCUUGUGUUUACCAAGGUUGACCAGCACUUGUACUGGAUCUAUAAAACGAUCGGUUGUAGAAAUGGAUAG